GACCCUUUGGAGGUCACCGGGUUCCAUCGUCGGUGGCACGUUGUUGGGUGCAGGCCCCGCGGGCGGGGUGCCCCCGGGCCCUCGGCUCCUCCCCCGGUCUCCCCGCCCCGCCCCGCGUGGGAGGGGAUCUGGGGCGGAGACCACGGGGUAGGCUCGCCGACCGCCCGGCCAGGUGCCGCGCUCGCGUGUCCGGGGGCAGCCGCGGCCGCGGAGGAGGGUCCGGGGCUCCGGCCUGCCUGGGCCGCGUCCCUGCGCCCUCUCAACCGGACGCCCGUGACGCUCGGCACCCAGGGAAGCAGCCUGGGCACUGGCUGGCCAGAGGCAUCCCAGGCCAUGUCAGAACUUUGAGCCUGGUGAGAGGCAGCAGCUCUCACCCCCUGGCGUUCCUGCCUGACUUCAAGAUGCUGAGCCUGAAGCUCCCCAGGUUGUUCAGCAUUGACCAGAUGCCCGAGGUGUUCCAUGAGCAGGGCAUCAUCUUUGGCUACCGACACCCACAGAGUUCCGCCACUGCCUGCGUCCUCAGCCUUUUCCAAAUGACCAACGAGACCCUCAACAUCUGGACUCACUUGCUGCCCUUCUGGUUCUUCGUGUGGAAGUUUGUGACCGUGCUGUGCGUGACAGACAUCCAGAACGACAGCUAUUCCUGGCCUCUGCUCGUGUACAUGGGCACCAGCUGCGUGUACCCCCUUGUGUCUAGCUGUGCCCACACCUUCAGCUCCAUGUCCAGCAACGCCCGCCACAUCUGCUAUUUCCUGGACUACGGUGCCGUCAACCUCUUCAGCCUGGGCUCAGCCCUCGCCUACUGUGCCUACACGUUCCCUGAGGCACUGGUGUGUACCAGCUUCCAUGACUGCUACGUGACCUUGGCUGUGCUGAACACCGUCCUCAGCACUGCCGUCUCCUGCUACUCCAGAUUAGGUGGCUGGCCCUGUUACUGGGCAAGUCACUUCCCCUCCUUGGACCUCCAAUUACUCAUCUGUAAAAUGGGACCAACACAUCUGCCUUGUGCAAUGGAUUCAAGAUUGCAGACUCGGCUUUGCAGCUGGAGAGGCUGGUUCGUUUGUCCCUGGGGAAAACACUUUAUCAGGCCGGGCGAAAUAUUGUCUCAAGUCGCAGGAAAUCCAUGCUUUGGGGGAUGGCCCUCACCAGCCAGAGCCAGCUGUCUUCCUGUGUUUCUUGAGAUCAAGAAGCCUGGGCUGUCUAAGGUGCUUCGUGUCCUGGCCUUUGCUUAUCCCUACACCUGGGACUCCAUCCCCAUCUUCUGCAGGCUCUUCCUGUUCCCAGGGGAGAGUGCACAGAAUGAAGCCACCUUGUACCACCAGAAGCACAUGGCCAUGACCCUCCUGGCCUCUUUCUUUUACUCUGCACACGUGCCAGAGCGCCUGGCUCCUGGGUGCUUCGACUAUAUUGGUCACAGUCACCAGCUGUUCCAUGUGUGUGUGAUCCUGGCCACACACAUGCAGAUGGAAGCCAUACUUCUGGACAAGACUCUGCGGAAGGAAUGGCUCCUGGCCAACUCCAGGGUCCUGUCUUUCCCUCAGAUAGCAGGAGCCACACUUCUGUGCCUUAUCUUCAGCCUCAGCAACAUAAUUUAUUUCUCAGCUUCUCUAUAUCGGAUUCCUGAGCCUGAAUUACAAAAAAAGGAAACAUGAUUCAGACCAUAAGCUUUUUGUGCCAGAUGUCAACUCUAAGCCACAACAUCCUAACCACAAUAAGCCAGUGGCAUGUUACCUAAUGGUUUACAAUGACCUAAAAUAUAAUGACUGUUGUCUUGGCAUUUUUGAGUACAUUUAUGUCAAUAUGGUAUUUUACUGGGGAAAUUUCUCUAGAUGUACACUGAUUCUGUAUGUGUCAUUUUAAAAGGGGAACAUGGGUUCAAGUAAGUCCUCAUUUAGGCAAAUCUUUAAUAGUUCAUUAAGUUUUAAAUUUGUUUAAAAUGGGUCUUUAAUUUAAAGAUUCUGUUUAAACAGUUGGAUUAAGCAUACUACCCUUGUAGGUUUACUACUGAACAGUUGAAUGAAGCUCGAGUACUGUUGUAAUAUUACUCUUUGAAAGUGGAACUUGCUUCAUUUGAUGAGUUUCAUGUAGUAACAGCCUCUCCUAAAAACUCCUGCAGCAGGAGAAGAAUGGACCAGAAAGGUCAGUGUGCAGACCUGCAAAAGAGACAGUUGGGUCUGUGGGAGCCCUAGGGAUUGGGAAAGCAUUCCAGCAUGAAGAGAGCUGGUUUAGGGGGAUGGUCUUCUUCCUUUCCCCACCUGGGGAAGGAAAUACAUAGAAAGAGAGUCCUCUUUUCCACGUCUAUUCUGCUUCAGUGUGCAAAUUCCCGUGUCACUGUGGAUGUGGAUUUUCUUUAAAGUCCACAGUCCAUGGCUGGGUGUCUGUUUUGUUUUGCUCUGUUUCCUUACUGCCAGUUUGAUGCUUCAAAGCAUUAUGUAGAGCAGGUAAAAUGUGUUGUAGGGGGUUGGCUGAGUUACCAAUCCCAGUUGGCUGUGCUCAUCUGUCACCUUUUAAAGCAAGGACAGCACUGUAUUUGUGGAUGUCAUACAUUUGGUGUUGCUUCAUCAUUUCAAAUAUGCCGCAAAAUUUAGUGUUCAUGUGCAGAGGAUGCUAAAGGCCUUGCCAAAAUGUUGGUCAAAUGUAGUGACUCUCAAACUUUACUGUGAAUCAGAAAUACUUGUGACAGAUAAGCUUGUGACAAAUGUAAAUUCCUGGGGCAAACCAGGGGAUUGAGCUUCAGUAGUGUAAAACAUAGGUUUCCUGGAGGAGGUCUGCACUGAAAUGAGUCCCCAGGUGAUCCUAACGCUGUAAGGCCAUGGGCCACACUUGGAGAAGCGUUGGUGUCACAAAUUCCAGAAAGCACUGAGCCCAUCAGCUUUGUUUCAAUUCAUCUAAAUUUCAGCAACUUACUGCCUUAAGGAUCUAUUCCCUGCUUUCUGCUCUGCAUAGUUCUAAAACACUGAGCAAUUUCUCAUCUCUAGUAUUACUAAUUAAAGUUGAUUAUUUCAUAGUGUUUUCAAUGAGUACAGAAAUGCUGAUGUAAACCAGUUUUGAAGAGUAGCCCAUCAACCCCUGACCUGCACUGGCUAACGGCUUCAGGGGCCGUCCAUCACAAUGCAGGAUCCUCUUUGCUGAUUCAGGAACACCCUCAUAUCUUAGAAUACUGCCUCCGUGGCUAACUGGCCCAGACCCUUGAAUGGCCUUGUAAAUAGCACAUUGUCCAAUCCUCUAAGGACAAGUCAAAAUUUAUAUUGGCUGAGAGUGGUCAACAAAUAUGAUUUCAUUAGUUUUAUUAUCUGUUUACUUCCUCUGGGGAAGGCAGACUGAUAAAAUUAUAUGGACCGGUAAAUUUUUGGUACAUUAAUUGUAAGCUACAUGACAACAUUUGCCUUUUUGGCAACAAUCUGACAUUGUUAGUGGAAUUUUACUCCAGCAGGGUCUGUGGACUUCCAUUUCCUCUUACUGUAACUUCACUUUUCUGGUGAAAGAAGAUACAAAGUUUAAAUACCCUACCGUACUAAUCCCGAAGACACGAAAGCUUUAAAAUUCUCUUAUUUUAUGGAGAGGAAAAUAAUGUUCUUUGUUUUGCUCAGACAUAGUUGAAAAACAGUAGGUGAUUAAUUUGAAGGACUUUCAGAUUAUUUCAUCUUUGGUUAUAUUGCUUUUUCAUCACUCUUAGUGAUGAAAAUGAAAUAUUAAACCACAAAAUAAGACCAAGUGUUUCAUAAUCUUUUAUAAGUUUGGUAAGCUUUGUUCCAUUGAAUACUUUUGGACAGUGUUACAAAUUAAAAUUUUACAACAGUUUGCAGUACACUGGUUUGGAAGCUUCUAAUGUGGAUAUAGUUUUGCCUAAGCCAUCCCGGAAAGUCGAAAACAUGGGCAGUGGGUCAGCCGAAGACCUCACUGGGAAUAUGUCUUUUAAUGUAGCAGUUCUCACAUUUUUCUAAAUGUGCCAUACUCCCACUGGCAGCAAUUGCUCAUCAUGGCACUGUCCCAAAAGGGAUUCCUGGGGGUGUUUGGGGUGGGGGGGGUGACACACUCCUUGUGGGAUGUACCUAUUCUCCCUCCCCUUGCUUGAGAAUCACUACUUUAGAAUUUAUCCAAUGUUACAGUCAUGAUAAAACUUGAAUAUGUUUGAAUGAGGCCAUUUAGUCAACCGUGUCUCCCUUUGUUCAUUGUAGUUUCAUUUUCCACUGCUCAGUUUUUAGAAGGUAACUCUCCAUCUUCUUUCUCAAAAAUGAGUUUGUCAUUGCUGAUUAGAAUUAGAAGUGGAAAGUUUAGAAGAUGUUUUAGUACUUCUAAGUACUACAAAGUGAUUGCUGCAAUCUUUCUCCAAGUGUUUUUUUGUGGAACUCGGCUCACAUGAGAAGUUCUGAGGAAGGCGGGUGGAGCAGAAGUGUUGUCAGAUAUGUCGGAGAGAACUUUCAUUUGAAUCUACUGUGUCCCAAAUUUGUUUUGGCCAUGUACCCUUUUAAUAUGAAAUACUUAUUAGCACUGUACAACAACUUUAUAACAUAUUAGUUGAAAGCCAGCCUCUGAUUUUCCAGUCCACAAUUCAUUAUGGAUGAAAAGGCAAAUACUCAUUUCCAACUCAGAGAUGUUCUUCCAAAUUACACAAAUGUCUAGUUUUCUUAAACUGUGUGGGAGGAAACAAUAAAAUGUAUUUAUUAUAAUAAAGUUGUCCUGUUUCCCACUUGA